CGCAAAGAGUUACGUGAGGCUUUUCUCCACUGGAUACAGGUUAGAAGACAUACUAAAGAAGAAUUAAAACAUUUGGAAAGAAAGCUUGAGCUCGCAAAACGUAGCAUCACGACCGAGACUGUGAUCGGGGCUGCUGUGGGCGGAGCUGUGGGCUCGGCUGCUGUGGUCGUGACUUCUGUGGGCGCGGCUGCUGUGGGCGCGGCUAUUGCCGCACCCUUUACAUUUGGGGCCAGUUUAAUGUUACCUGCUGCAGGGGCCGGAAUUGGCGCUCUGAUAGCGUCGUAUCGUGGCACUGAGGAACAGAAAAAAUUUAGGCUCUCAGAGGUGCAGGUGGCAAUUGAAAAGGAUCGCAAAGCA